GCAAUACAAUUUGCUACCGUGGAGCAAAGUGCACACGAGACUCUCAGCUUCAGCAGUUUUACUUUACUGGGUCUUCCGUAUAAUUCCGUUGUAUUUCUCUAACGUGAGGCUUGUUUACCUCAGACUGUAGCGUUAAUUCUGUUAAUCAGCAGCUGAGAAAGCUUCAGGAUGGUCAAAUGUUGUGUUUGAUGACCUGGCGCACAUGUGCAUGGUUUUGUGCGACUGUUUGGGUGAAGUCCCGGAAGCUCCAGUCUAACAACUUUCCAUCUGCUGAUGGAGUGUAACUCAGUGCUUUUACUGAACUGCUGCACCUCAAUGCAAAUUUAAGGACAGGACCUUCUUUCAGGCAUCUAAAAAGUUACAGACAAGAUGAUCUACAUCAUCAUGGGAGUUUCAGGUUGUGGAAAAAGCAGCUUAGGGACGUUCCUGUCUCAGAAGCUCGGCUGGCCACUGCAUGAAGGGGAUAAUUUCCACCCACAGGCGAACAUCGAAAAAAUGUCUCGUGGUGAACCUCUCACAGACCAGGACAGAUUGCCUUGGCUUCUCAAACUACAUGAAGUCAUUGACAGUGAGAGGUGUUCAGGUUUGGAUGCCCUUGUGGCCUGCUCUGCUCUGAAGCGUCGGUAUAGACGGAUCCUCCUCCAUGGCUCCAAAGCCCUCACUUCCUCCUCCAACCCAGACACAGACGUCUUGCCUCCCUCUUCUCCUGAUGUCUGUUUUCUCUUCCUGCAUGGUGAGUACGAGUUCAUUCACCAGAGGAUGGUGGCCCGGAGGGGACAUUAUAUGAAAGCAGAGCUGUUGCGCUCCCAGUUUGACUCUUUAGAGCCUCCGCUGGACGAUGAGAACGUGCUGUCACUGGACAUCAGGAGGAGCAUCGCUGAUAUGGCUGCGGAAGUCGAAAAGCACAUUAUGAGCUUCAAGUCGGCAACAGCGAAUCCGUAACCACUGCGGCCGACUGAAAGUGCUUUCAAGUACAUGCAGCUUUUAGCCGGGGUGAUGGUUAGAUGUCAAACCUGAAUAACUCACAAACUCAAGAGGCUGGAUAGCCGUGAAGUUAAAUACAAACAUUUGUGGUGUCCAGGGCUUUGGUACUCUGUGGCUUUUCCUUUAUCACCUCAAAAAAAGGAGACAUCUGUAAUCCAGGGUGACAGGUCUACAUAUCAUGAAAUAGUGUAUGAAUAUCAUCACCUUUCUGACUUUGGUGUUUCACUUCAUAUCAUGUAGUCAUGACUGAAGAACACCCUCCCAUACAUUAACCUCAAGCCUAAACAUUUUGCGUGUCAUGUUACACACUUGAAAAGUUAAAAAGUGUACAUAUGACAUGCAAAAUUUAGCCUUUAUUUGAUAUCUAUAUAUACAAAGAGACAGCAAAUACAGGGAAUGUGUGAAUGUAGGGCUGGCCGGGAAUCAAACCAGGGACUUAUUGCUGCUGAAGGCUUUUGCACCCUUGCAGUUUGCACCCCAAUCUCUCAGCUACAGGUUGAAUUGUAAUUAUGUUUUUUUUCAUUCACAGACAGCGACCUAGUGGAUUUUUAUUCAUAUAUAUCUUUAAAACUAUUGAAUGAAUUGCUGUGAAAUUUGGUGUGGACAUUCAGGGCCCCCAAACAAUGAAUUGUAAUAACUGAUUUGGUAAUUCCAUAAAAUUUCAUUAUCAAGUAAACAUUUUGAUGUGUCAAAUACUUUAGUUUAUAAUCAAAUACCAGCAGACUCAUAACAUUCCUAUCAUCCUGAGAGGAACAGUUUAGUACUAAUUAUAUUUUUUUUGCAUGUUAGCAAACUAAACUGAAGAUGAUAAACAUCAGCUUUAAAGUGCAUCAUUGAAAGCAUGUAAACUUUCAGUUCAAACGAUUAAUGUGCCUAAGUAGAGCAUCAUAGAGCUACCAGCAUGUAGCGUUUAAUCUUGCAACAAUCCACAUUUAACACCUACUCUGAAUCUAGUUUGCAUCUUAGUAAAGAUGAAAAAUAAACUACAGUUUCAGUUGUGGUUCAGAACCACAGAGAAGCAUGUGCAGUAGUGGGAGUUUUGCUUUGAUCCACUCAUUAGUGCUUCAGCAGAGGAUGAAGUAGAGAAUCUUUGUGAUCCUCAGGCGCAUUUGUGCUUCUGAAAACUUCUAGUUAGCCGAAAACAUUUGAGAACACUGUUGAAGUGUCAUUCCAGUUAAUGGUGCAGAGGAGUGUUUGAAACUGCAAAGGGUCGGAACUGGAACUAAAAAAACAUGUUUUUCAUUUUACUUUAUGAAAAUGGUUUUAAUCUGCAGUAGAACACAGGAUCAUAGUGAUGUAAAGGUUCUACUGUGACGAUUCAGUGGUUUUACAGUAAUUGUUGGAAAAUCAUCAGUCUGAUUAUCUGUUUUUUAAAUCUUUAAAUAGUUGAAAUAAAUGCAGUGGAGCUUCUAUUCCUGAUUUAUCUGACCAGUUUUGAUCACAUAAGCAACAGACAAGCAAUAAACCUUUACAAUUAAGAAACUAGAACAAGGGAAUGUUUUUUUUAAGAAUGAUAAAAGCAGUACAUGAUGUGUUUCCACUUUACAGAAAAUAAACCGUCUGAUCUAUGAAAAGUUUUUUGUACGUUUCUCUAAGUGUGGUCUGUUGUGUCACACAGAUUUGGGCUUUAAAUGACUUGUGAUCUUUUACAUGUUACCUUUACUGUUAAAUGUUGCUCUCCUGCUCCAUAACAGACUUUUGACAAUGUUCAUUUAUGACCAAUUUGCAUCAGAAAACUGAUUAAUUUAGCAGCAAGCAAAUUAUGUUUUUAAUCAGUCUCCUGCACCAACAUCAAAAGCACCAAACAACAGUAAAAUCUUCACACCGAAUAAAGUCAAAUGAUUCAAGAGAUUCAAAUUAAACACCUUCUCAUACAGACCAA